AUCUUGUUCACAGCUGCGAUGAAGGCUGCGCGGAUUGUCCUGAGAAACGCGGCUCCUUUGGCUGCUGGUAGUACUAAUGGUGGUGCUAGUGCUAGUGCUGGUGGCUUCACCGCCAACAGCGGUGCCGGAGCCGAAACAACCAAAGAGGUGGAACGUUUAUCGCGUUUCUCUCCAUCGCCGCUUUCUAUCAAGCAAUUUCUGGAUUUCGGUUCAACAAAUGCAUGUGAGAAAACCUCAUUCUCAUUUCUUCGGCAUGAGCUUCCAGUUCGGCUAGCAAAUAUUUUGAAAGAAAUUGAUCUGCUUCCUAGUCUAUUAUUGGGUACAACUUCAGUACAGUUAGUAAAGGAUUGGUAUAUUCAAAGCCUACUAGAACUAGUGGAAUUUCAAGAUAAAAAAUCGGAUGACCACAAAGUUCUUUCAGAUUUCAUAGAUGCCAUUACUAGGAUCCGAAACAGACAUCACAGUGUAAUGCCCAUGAUGGCACAAGGGGUAUUAGAAUACAGAGAUUCAUCUAAAAUGGAUACAUGCAUCAAUCACAGUAUUCAGUACUUCUUGGAUCGAUUUUACAUGAACCGGAUAUCUAUUCGAAUGUUAAUCAACCAGCACACAUUUAUAUUCGAUAGCAGUAAUGUGUGUAACCCGCGGCAUAUUGGAUGCAUUGAUCCUUGCUGUGAUGUUGUGGAUCUAGUGUAUGAUGCUUUCCAGAGUUCCCAGAUGCUUUGUGAUCAACACUAUUUUGCUUCUCCAGAAUUAAAGCUUACUCAAAUAAAUGCAAAAGCAGCUGGAGAGUCUAUUUACAUAGUAUAUGUACCUUCUCAUCUCUUUCAUAUGAUGUUUGAACUUUUCAAGAAUGCAAUGAGAGCAACAGUUGAACAUCAGGAAAAAAAACCUUCCCUUGAUCCAAUUGAGGUGACUGUUGUACUUGGAAAAGAAGACCUAACCAUUAAGAUUUCUGACAGAGGUGGUGGUGUUCCAGUGAGGAUAAUUGAAAGACUCUUCAGCUAUACAUAUUCUACCGCGCCAAAGCCUGUGAUGGAUAACAAAAGUACUCCUAUGGCUGGAUUUGGUUAUGGAUUACCGAUUUCUCGUCUUUAUGCUAAAUACUUUCAUGGAGAUCUCAAUCUGUACUCUAUUUCGGGGUAUGGAACAGAAGCUGUUAUCCACUUAAAGGCACUUUCUGCAGAAUCGGUAGAGAAACUUCCUGUUUUCAACAAAUCUGCAUGUAAACGUUAUCAGACCUCUAUAGAAGCAGAUGACUGGUGUGUUCCUAGGCAAAAAACAAAUUUGUCAACAUAGAAUUUUAUUGUGUGAGGAGUAUAUUUGUCCAACACAUUGAGAUGGGAUCAAAUCACAGUUUCAGAAGGAAAUAAUGAAGUAAAUUACUUGAAGUCACUACUGACUACUGUUCAAUACAAAGACUUAAAUGAGAUGAAAGAAAUUAUAUUGAAUGGAUGCUAUAUGCUCUGUUUGUGUAAUGUGAACUAUUAGGAGAAUCAAAGGCAUAGAUUCAAUAUGGAAUAUUGGUGGUCUUGAAGUUUAGAUUAACACUCCAAAAUUUUAAUGUUUUCAGAUUCCUAUAUUUUGCUAUGUUCAAAAGCAUUGUUUUGUAUGAAUAUCAACACAAAAUAAUAAUUUUCUUCUUAUCACACUUACAUGUCACACUUAUAGUCUGUGAGAAAGUCUAGCUAAAACGUGUUUAUUACUUAGCACAAUCUUAUGAAGAACUGACAUAUGAUAGUGAAUUCCAAAUAGUUAAUUUUACUUGAAUUUCCACAAAUUGCUAUAUGUGUGCACAGUAUCUUUCAGUUAUUUUUCCAAAUAUUGGAUUUGGACAGCAAUGGGAAAUAAUCUGAAAAUAUUAAACUGGUACCACUAUAGAUUAUCCUGCCUUUUCUUUUUAAGGCAGAAUUGCUAAAGAGCUAAUACAUUUUUAGGGAAUUAUUGUGACAAUUUUAGAUCUAUUGUUAUUUAUGGCAGUUUUAUCAGUGCUGUAUUUUCUAAUGUCCACUUUUUCAUGGAUUCCAAAUUCAUGUGAGUAAGUAAUCCCAUCCAUAUGAAGCUAUUGUGCAGUUGGUACAGUGCGACAACAAAGGCUUAGUAGUUAACAUUGACAAAAUAUUGAAUGUUUUCUGCAGAAAAUAUAGUGCACACUUGAAAAAUACUGACUGUUAUGUUAAAUAUUAUUAGAGCUGAAUCAUGAAAAAAAAAUCUAAUUGUUAUUCUACUAGCAAGUUCAUAUUCAGUAGAGUGCAUUAAAGAUACUCCUGAUUCAUGGACUGCUUGAGUACCACAUUCUGGUGGAUAUCACAAGUGGUAUCAAGGUAAUAGCAUUAAAUUUUGCUAAUCCAAAAUUGUGGUUGUUACGAUAAUUUGUUAUUAUGAUACCCUUGUGUACUUUGACCAAUAUAGUACAUAACAUAAAGAGUUGCUUUGCUAAUAUUGCUGCUGAUCUGCUCCACAAUCUUUACAGAGAACCUGGAAUAGGGAAUCGGCCAGAGUCUUACACAUAAUUGUGCCUAUGCGCAAUAUUCCCUAUGACACAUGGAUGAGGGAACUGAAAAUGGUCAAGCAAUCUGGCAUG